GGCUUCAAAGUGGACAACUGGAAGCAGAACCUGAGGGUCAUUUAUCAGUGUUUCGUGUGGAGCGGUUCAGCCGAGACCAGAAAGCGCAAGGCCAAGUCAUGCAUCUGCCACAUGUGUGGUGCCCACCUGAACAGACUCCACUCCUGCCUCUACUGCGUCUUCUUCGCCUGCUUUGCCAAAAAACACAUCCACGAGCAUGCCAAGAGCAAAAGGCAUAACCUAGCUAUUGACCUGCUGUACGGGGGAAUUUACUGCUUUAUGUGCCAAGACUACAUUUAUGACAAAGACAUGGAACAGAUUGCCAAAGAGGAACAAAGGAAAGCCUGGAAAAUGCAAGUAUUUCUUCCUUCAUUGCAUCUUUCUACAGUUAAAUUCUGUAUGUUGUGCAUAGGGGAGAAGUACUCAACGUGGGAGCCCACCAAGAGGGAGCUGGAGCUGCUCCGCCACAACCCCAAAAGGAGGAGAAUCACCUCUAACUGCACUAUUGGCCUGCGUGGUCUGAUAAACCUGGGCAACACGUGCUUCAUGAACUGCAUCGUCCAGGCACUGACGCACACUCCACUGUUGCGUGACUUCUUCCUGUCCGACCGACACAAAUGCGAGAUGCAGAGUAACUCCUGCUUGGUGUGCGAGAUGUCGCAGCUCUUCCAGGAGUUCUACUCAGGUCAUCGCUCGCCUCACAUCCCGUUCCGCCUCCUGCACCUGGUGUGGACUCACGCCCGUCACCUGGCCGGUUACGAGCAGCAAGAUGCCCACGAGUUCCUCAUCGCGGCGCUGGAUGUUCUACACAGGCACUGCAAAGAUGACAAUGGGAAGAAAGCCAACAACCCAAACCACUGUAACUGCAUCAUCGAUCAAAUCUUCACAGGGGGCCUGCAGUCUGACGUCACCUGUCAAGUCUGCCAUGGCGUUUCCACAACCAUAGACCCGUUCUGGGACAUCAGCCUGGACCUGCCGGGGUCCUCCACACCGUUCUGGCCCCUCAGCCCCGGAGGAGACGGAUCAGCACUUAACGGAGAGAGUCACACCACUGGAGCCACGACACUCACAGACUGUCUGCGCAGGUUCACCAGACCUGAGCACCUUGGCAGCAGCGCUAAGAUCAAGUGCAGCGGUUGCCAUAGCUACCAGGAGUCCACCAAGCAGCUGACCAUGAAGAAGCUGCCCAUUGUGGCCUGCUUUCACCUCAAAAGGUUUGAGCAUUCAGCCAAACUGCGACGGAAGAUCACAACUUAUGUCUCCUUCCCGCUGGAGCUGGACAUGACGCCCUUCAUGGCCUCCAGUAAAGAGAGCAGGAUGAACGGGCAGUACCAGCAGACAGUGGACCCCUUCAACAAUGACAACAAGUACAGUCUGUUUGCUGUGGUGAACCACCAGGGGACACUAGAGAGCGGCCACUACACCACCUUCAUCCGGCAGCACAAGGACCAGUGGUUCAAAUGUGACGACGCCAUCAUCACCAAGGCCAGCAUCAAGGAUGUUCUGGAUAGUGAAGGGUACCUUUUGUUUUACCACAAACAGUUCCUGGAGUAUGAAUAGUCUCCUCCGUCAGCACAGCCUGCAGGAGGAGAUG